UCUUUGAAUAAUUAUAGAGGAUUUAAAAAUACUAUUAAAGUGUAAAACCAUAAAACCAUACUCUCUUGUGUGUAGAUAAAGGCAUGUUAUUCUUUUCCAUACAUCAGCUAUGUGAUUACUAGGUGAACUCGUUAUCGACAUGGCAUACGUGGUUAAUGUCUUUUGCUGCAGGACCAUGGGGACAGAUAUGUGCUGGGAAUCCUAGGAACAAAGCAAGGGGCUGUGAUGGAUAUGGCUGUGGAUAUUAUACAGCUCCAAGAAAAGACGGUAGAAAAAAGCACCUAGGGGUGGAUGUUAUAUGCAGAGAUGGCUCAACAGUGUAUGCUCCUUUCAGUGGUAUGAUUGAGAGACGAAUUAAUCCCCAUGGAGGGAGAAAUGUCAUUAAUAAUGGUGUCAAACUUCGUGGAUCAGGUUUCUGCAUCCAUAUGUUCUAUAUCAGGCCUGUUACUUACAGAGGUCAGAUCAAAAAGGGACAAAAAAUUGGAGAAAUGCUGCCAAUGCAAAGAGUAUAUCCUGGUAUAACAUCUCAUGUUCAUGUCCAGAACUGUAACCACUUUAAUAUCACUCGCUACUUAUAA